UGUUUGAUCACAAUAAAAUUCCUAGAAAAAGAGGGAGAGGGAGGAGGAGGGAGAGGGAUUAACGUUACCUUAACAUUUGCUAUGUCAAAAUUUAUGCGAAUCAAUCCUCCAUCGAACAAUCUGCAUGAAAAGUACUCCGCUCCUCCAUCAUUCGUUUCAAGACGCAACUUCGCCAAAAGAAGCAGCGCACCGUACGAUGGUGAAACAAAAAAGGAACGUAACGCCAUUUUGGUGGAGCGUCGCGCGAUGCGCCUAUUGAGUAGAUGUUACUCUGAUGGCCACGGGCUACAAAUUUUUGGAAAUUGGAAUCAACGUUGGUCCUCCGAGCUACGUGGAGCUCGCUCUGGGAAAUCAUCGGGGACAGGAAUUGAUACUGUCUUUUGAAACGUGGAAGGGACUCUACGAGCAGUGAUAGAAUAUCUAUAAAUUGCUGCAAAACGAUUACAAAGACAAUUUUAUAAGCGGAUCGUUAAUCAUUAGAGUUUGCUUGAUGAACGAUGUUACACUCGUACAUCUUGAAUCUUUGAACGUACGUAUAACGAUGCUCGAAUCUACGCCGAAUGUUUAAUUUUUCCAAACUGGAUGAAUGUAUCGAUAUGACGUUCGAUCGACUCGUCAGAUUCGUCAUCGAUGUCAAGUAUACGCGAUUCUCCAACAUCGCGUCUGUUGUAAUAGAUCCCGAGGAAGUACCAAAUACGAUAUGCGAUUGCGAUAUCUUCAAUAGACGUCAACUCGUCGAUUGCGAGCUG